CUUAAAGUGAAAAAAAAAUAAAAAUUCCCCAACUCACACACAGUCACACUUUUUGAGUGUAAAACUCUUGGAAGAAAGGCCGAAGAAGAAGAAGAACAACAAAAAUGUUAUCAAUCUCUUUGUAUUCUCCGCCGUCCUCCUCCCCUCUCUCCUCCUCCUCCGCUCUUCAGGAUAAUAAGUUUAAAUUUGCAAUCCAAUCAGCGAAGCCAACGCUUAGCUUCACCAGUAAUCGAUCACUUCCUUCAAUUCGAGCUUCCUCUGGUUUUUCCUCUUCUCUCGACACUGGUGCGACUACCGAGUUGGAUGCUGUGACGAGUCACAGUGAGAUCGUACCCGACACUGUAAUUUUCGAUGAUUUCGAGAGGUUUCCUCCAACUGCUGCUACCGUUAGCUCCUCGCUGCUCUUGGGAAUCUGCAGUCUUCCUGAUACUAAAUUCAGGAGUGCUGUGGAUACUGCGUUAGCAGAUUCAGCGUGCUAUGGAUUAGAGAACUCUGAUCUCCGGAUGUCGUGUUUCUUUAAUAAGGCUUUAGUGAAUGUUGGCAGUGAUCUAGCAGAGCUGGUGCCUGGUCGGGUUUCUACUGAAGUUGAUGCUCGUCUUGCUUACGACACGCAUGGAAUUGUUCGGAAGGUACAUGACCUCUUACAAAUGUACAAUGAGGUUCAAGUUCCUCCAGAGCGCUUGCUGUUCAAAAUACCUUCUACCUGGCAGGGGAUUGAAGCUUCAAGUAUACUAGAAUCAGAGGGUAUACAAACCCAUUUGACCUUUGUUUACAGUUUUUGUCAAGCUGCUGCUGCAGCUCAAGCUGGUGCGUCGGUUAUUCAGAUUUUUGUUGGUCGCCUUCGGGAUUGGGCACGAAACCAUAGUGGUGACCGUGAAAUAGAGAGCGCUCUAAGAAGAGGAGAAGAUCCUGGAUUGGCUUUGGUUACAAAAGCUUAUAACUACAUUCACAAACACGGAUACAAGUCAAAGCUGAUGGCAGCAGCAAUUCGAAACAAGCAGGAUGUUUUCAACCUUUUGGGGGUUGAUUAUAUUAUCACUCCGUUGAAGAUAUUGCAGUCUCUAAAGGAGUCUGUCACUCCUCCUGACGAGAAAUACUCUCUUGUAAGAAGGCUAUCCCCACAAUCUGCUUCUACCUACAAUUUUAGCCAGGAAGAGCUGGUGAAGUGGGACCAAUAUAGCUUUGCCUCGUCCAUGGGACCUGCUGCUGUGGAGCUUCUCACCACUGGAAUGGAAGGCUAUAUUACUCAAGCAAAGCGGGUGGAGGAAUUGUUUGGAAAGAUAUGGCCACCACCAAAUGUAUGAAGUGGGGUCAUAAAUUAACUAGACCUGGUUUCAUCAAACGAGGUCUUAGUCCUUACAGAUUUCAGUGUCUUUGCCAGGACCUCCCGUUUUACUUCUUUAAUUCCCCCUUCCAUUUUGGGUUUACUGUUUGACGACAAUUCGAAGUAGAGGGACUACAGGAUAUGCACAGACCUCCAUUUUCAAUGGUUUCAAUCUUGGUUCUUCAGAACUGGUGUUCUAAGUUACAUAGUCAACUCAAUCAGCUUUUUUCUAUGUGAAGAUUGCCACCAUCACUUUUAACAGCAUGUGCUGCGAUUUGUGUGCCUUGUGCAUAUAUAGUUCAUCAUUAGAAAUGGCAUAAAAUGCAAUUCUGAGUUACAAGGUUUUCUUUCAUUAGAUAUCCAAGAUCUUGAGUUUCAGCAGGAAAAGAGGUAGCCUGCUUAGGAAUGGUAAACAUGCCUCUUGUGUCAGGCAUCAGCAUUCAGCAGUGUUUGUUUGAGACAUCAGCUGGUUAUGUUGUUAAUUUGCAUGAUCUGGAUUGGGACACAAUUACUUAGCUGAGAGAUUACAACGGAGACUGAGGGAUGCGUCGUAUCAUAUGAUGUUUUCAAUUUACCAUCAAUGUAGAAACAUACUGUCAGAACUGUUUUUCUUCCUACAAUUUGGACCUAUGGUCUUACAUUUGUCACAUUUUCCGCCAAUUCUUUCUAGUGCAGCUCAAAACAUGUUCAGGUUUUAACCAAUGGCGGCUUGGAUAAGCAUGUGCCUUUGUGCUCUUCUUGUGUCUACUCUGUGAUGUAGAUCCCCCCUAUUGCAUGCUGCUCAAACAUAGUUUCCGAAUUGUCGAAUGCACGUUAUUAUCUUUAAUUUUUUAGCCACUGAACAUGUGACAAAUGCCAUCACUCUCCGUCGCCAUACUUCCAUCCCUUUGGUAGUCCAAAAAUAAAGCCAAGAAAAUCAGAAGGAUCAGUGUCCCAGCUAGUUUAUAUCAAAAUUUAAUUUUAUUUUUGGUGCGGGGAGGGGGCCGGAGCUAGUACAAUACCGCUUCAUAUUUCAAGGACUGAAAGAACUGCUUAAGGC